AUGGUGGGUAACAAGUCAGAGUACUUCGGCAAGCUUAAGGCUCUGCUCGAGGAGUACAAGUCCUGCUUCAUUGUCUCCGUCGACAAUGUCUCCUCCCAGCAGAUGCACGAGGUCCGCCAGUCCCUCCGUGGCGAGGCUGUCGUCCUGAUGGGCAAGAACACCAUGGUUCGCCGUGCCCUCCGAACUUUCAUCGCCGACACUCCCGAGUACGAGCGUCUCCUGCCUCACAUCAAGGGUAACAUCGGUUUCGUCUUCACCAACGGUGACCUGAAGGAGAUCCGUGACAAGGUUCUGGCCAACAAGGUCGCUGCUCCUGCCCGUGCCGGUGCCCUCGCCCCUGCCGAUGUCUGGAUUCCCGCUGGCAACACUGGUAUGGAACCCGGAAAGACCUCUUUCUUCCAGGCCCUCGGUGUCCCCACCAAGAUUGCCCGUGGUACCAUCGAGAUUACUGCCGACUUGAAGCUCGUUGAGGCUGGUCUCAAGGUCGGUCCUUCCGAGGCCACCCUGCUCAACAUGUUGAACAUCUCUCCCUUCACCUACGGUCUGGGAAUCUCCCAGGUCUACGACCAGGGUAACGCUUUCCCUCCUGAGGUCCUCGACGUCGGUGAGGAUCAGCUCCUCAAGACCUUCGCCAGUGCUAUCACCACCAUUGCCUCCAUCUCCCUGGCCAUCAACUUCCCCACCCUUCCCUCCGUCAUCCACUCCGUUGUCAACAGCUACAAGAAGGUUCUCGCUGUUGCCAUUGAGACUGAGAUCUCCUGGCCCGAGAUUGAGGAGCUCAAGGACCGUAUCGCCAACCCUGACGCCUACGCUUCUUCCGCUCCCGCUGCCGGUGCCGCCGGUGGUGACGCCGCCGCUGGCGGUGCCCCUGCUGAGGAGAAGGCUGAGUCUGAGGCUGAGGAGUCUGACGACGAUAUGGGCUUCGGUCUCUUGUGA